GUUCGAGUUCGUUAGUUACUAUAAUUUUAUAAUAAUGGCUCGUACCAAGCAGACAGCUCGUAAGUCAACGGGAGGCAAGGCUCCUAGGAAGCAGUUGGCGACGAAGGCAGCUCGUAAGAGUGCCCCGGCUACCGGAGGAGUGAAGAAACCUCAUCGUUACAGACCCGGCACAGUCGCCCUGAGAGAGAUCCGUCGUUACCAGAAGAGCACCGAGCUGCUCAUCCGCAAGCUGCCUUUCCAACGCCUUGUCCGUGAGAUCGCGCAAGACUUCAAGACUGACCUGCGCUUCCAGAGCUCCGCCGUGAUGGCUCUUCAGGAGGCUAGCGAGGCUUACCUCGUUGGUCUUUUCGAAGAUACAAACCUGUGCGCCAUCCACGCCAAGAGAGUCACGAUCAUGCCCAAGGACAUCCAGCUCGCUCGCCGUAUCCGUGGCGAACGCGCUUAAACACUGACUGCGCCUGCACCAGUGAAACUAACCGGCCCUUUUCAGGGCCACCAUUUCUUCCCAAAAAUGAUUUCUACUCUUGCUUAACCCAUCACCUGGUAGGCCUAUGACGGUGAAAUAAUAAUCUGGCUGGGAUAUAUUGUUGUAUAUACGCGCGCGCACACAUACAAUACUUUAAUAUAGCCUUGC